GCUAAGAGUUCACCACGAGCUCGACAAAGAAACAGAAGAGACUUCGAACUCGGCACACUUUUCGAAACGAAAAUUUCGAUACUCCCCUUCGAACUGCAAAUUUGCACUCGCUGUCUGCAACACCGAUUGCAGCCAGACGAAAGCAAUCAUUGCAAAGCUGCUUGCUCUAUCGUCUAGAUAAAGACUGCGGGAUAUAUCUUCUCCAAGAUGUCUUCCCGUGCGCCAAAUCCCUCGACGGGAUCGCGUAAGAUCUCCUUCAACGUCUCUGAGCAAUACGAUAUUCAGGAUGUUGUAGGAGAGGGUGCUUAUGGUGUUGUCUGCUCUGCUCUUCACAAGCCUUCGGGUCAAAAAGUCGCUAUCAAGAAGAUUACGCCCUUUGAUCACUCCAUGUUCUGCCUUCGAACCUUGCGUGAGAUGAAGCUGUUGAGAUACUUCAACCAUGAGAACAUUAUAUCUAUCCUCGACAUCCAAAAACCCCGCAGCUAUGAGACCUUCACCGAAGUCUAUCUCAUCCAGGAGCUUAUGGAGACCGAUAUGCACCGUGUUAUUCGCACACAAGAUUUGUCUGACGACCACUGCCAAUACUUCAUCUACCAAACCCUCCGCGCCCUCAAGGCUAUGCACUCCGCAAACGUUCUCCACCGAGAUCUCAAGCCAUCCAACUUGCUCCUCAAUGCCAAUUGCGACCUCAAGGUUUGCGAUUUCGGCCUCGCUCGCUCUGCCGCCUCUCAAGAAGACAACUCCGGUUUCAUGACUGAAUACGUCGCAACCCGCUGGUACAGAGCCCCGGAGAUUAUGUUGACCUUCAAGGAGUACACCAAGGCCAUUGAUGUUUGGUCCGUUGGCUGUAUCUUGGCUGAGAUGUUGAGUGGCAAGCCUCUGUUCCCCGGAAAGGAUUACCACCACCAACUGACUCUUAUCCUUGAUGUUCUUGGUACGCCCACCAUGGAGGACUACUAUGGAAUCAAGUCACGCCGUGCCCGCGAGUACAUCCGCUCCCUCCCAUUCAAGAAGAAGGUCCCAUUCAAGCAAAUGUUCCCCAAGACCUCCGACCUCGCUCUUGACCUCCUUGAGAAACUCCUUGCUUUCAACCCGGUUAAGCGUAUCACCGUUGAUGAGGCACUCCAACACCCCUAUCUCGAGCCAUACCAUGAUCCCGACGACGAGCCAACUGCCAGCCCGAUCCCAGAGGAGUUCUUCGACUUCGAUAAGAACAAGGAUAACCUCAGCAAGGAGCAGCUGAAGGAACUCAUCUACCAGGAGAUCAUGCGAUAAAUGGUGCAUCGGGUGCAUAACUUUGCUUAUGGAUCCUGCUGGAAAAUGUACCAUUUGGACAUGGAGCAUUUGAAUUGUGGUCUUUAGCUUGAUUGGGUACGGUUCAUCAUCUCCACACAUUGCUUGCGAGGAUAUCGAGAGGCUGGUCGUAAAUGGCGUGUGUAGUUUCAUGAUCGCUUUAAAGCGGAGAGGAUAUUGGGCAGCAAUUGUGGUGUUGGUGGAUCUCCCUUUCAUACGGCAAGUACAAAGAGUUACGACUGGCACGAGAUCAUGUUCAUUCA